AUAUGAUAAUUUUAAUAACUAUUGUUAUUAUUCAGAAGUCCUAGCUCUUUUAAAAUGAAUGAUUUAAUGGGAUCAUCAAGUUUCCUUCACUUGGGAGACAUAGUUUCUCUCUAUGCUGAAGGAAAUGUAUGUGGUUUUCUCAGCACAUUAGGCUUGGUUGAUGAUAGAACAGUUGUCUGUCCAGAAGCUGGAGAUUUAAAUAACCCACCAAAAAAAUUUAGGGAUUGUUUAUUCAAAAUAUGUCCUAUGAAUCGAUACUCUGCUCAAAAGCAAUUUUGGAAAGCAGCUAAACAAAGUGCUAGCGCGAGUGCUGACACAAUCUUAAUUAAACGAUUACAUCAUGCAGCUGAAAUAGAAAAAAAACAAAAUGAAUCUGAAAAUAAGAAAAUACUUGGUACAGUCAUUCAGUAUGGCACUGUUAUACAAGUACUUCAUUUAAAAUCCAAUAAGUAUUUAACUGUAAAUAAACGACUACCAGCUCUGUUAGAAAAGAAUGCAAUGAGGGUCUAUUUAGAUGCUAAUGGAAACGAAGGAUCAUGGUUUUAUAUCAUGCCUUUUUAUAAGUUACGUUCCACUGGUGAUAAUGUUGUUUUGGGUGAUAAAGUCAUUAUGAAUCCAGUGAACGCUGGACAGCAAGUGUUGCAUGUUGCUGCAAAUUAUGAAUUGCCUGAUAAUUUAGGAUGUAAAGAGGUUAAUGUUGUAAAUUCUGGAACAUCAUGGAAGAUAACCCUUUUUAUGGAACAUAGAGAUAACCAGGAAGAAAUUUUGAAAGGUGGAGAUGUUUUACGUUUAUUUCAUGCUGAACAGGAAAAAUUUUUGACAAUGGAUGAGUAUAAAAAAAAGCAACAUGUAUUUCUGCGAACAACUGGUCGUACAUCAGCAACCUCUGCAACUAGUAGCAAAGCAUUGUGGGAAGUAGAGGUUGUACAACAUGAUCCUUGUCGAGGAGGUGCUGGUCACUGGAACUGCUUAUUUAGAUUUAAACACUUAGCAACAGGACAUUAUUUAGCUGCUGAAAUUGAUGAUGAUGAAACAAUGGAUCAAAUGCGUUCAAAAUUAAGAGAUGUUCAUGGAAGCCCUGUAUAUCAUUUGGUGUCAGUACCUCAUUCCAAUGAGAUAGCUUCACUUUUUGAGCUAGAUCCAACAACCUUAAGCCGAGGAGAUUCCUUAGUACCUCAAUCAUCUUAUGUUAGAUUACAUCAUUUAUGUACAAAUACUUGGGUUCAUAGUACAUCAAUACCCAUUGACAAAGAUGAAGAAAAACCCGUUAUGUCUAAGGUUGGAAGUGCCCCUAUGAAAGAAGAUAAAGAAGCAUUUGCUUUAAUUUCAGUUUCUCCAUCUGAAGUACGAGACUUGGAUUUUGCAAAUGAUGCAUGUAAAGUUUUAGCAUUCAAUUCAGCUAAAUUGGAACAGGGAACCUUAUCAUCUAAUGAACGACGUGCGGUAACAACAUUACUUCAAGAUAUUGUUUAUUUUGUUGCUGAUUUAGAAAAUGAACAGAAUAAGGCAGAAGCCUUAGAUUUAGUAGUACCAAACCCAAAUAGAGAUCGCCAAAAAUUACUUCGUGAACAAUAUAUUUUAAAGCAGCUUUUUAAAAUUCUUCAAGGACCAUUUAUGGAAACAGCUAAUGGUGAAGGUCCUUUCUUAAAAAUAGAAGAAUUAAAUGAUCCAAAAUAUGCUCCUUAUAAGUAUAUGUUCAGGCUGUGCUAUCGCAUAUUAAGAUUAAGUCAGCAUGAUUAUCGAAAAAAUCAGGAAUACAUUGCUAAACAUUUUGGAUUUAUGCAAAAGCAAAUUGGAUAUGACAUAUUAGCUGAAGAUACUAUUACAGCACUUUUGCAUAACAAUCGUAAACUUUUAGAAAAACAUAUUACAGCAGCUGAAAUUGAAACAUUUGUUGGUCUUGUUCGUAAAAAUAUGCAUAACUGGCAAUCAAGAUUUUUAGAUUAUUUGUCCGAUUUGUGCAUUUCCAAUAAAAAAGCUAUUGCAAUAACACAAGAACUUAUUUGUAAAAGUGUACUUAGUACUAAAAAUUGUGAUAUCUUAAUAGAAACUCGCAUGAUAAAACCACCAAUUUCUAAAAAUGAUAAAUUAAAAGACAACACAGUUUUAUCUACUUAUGAAAAUGACUCUGAGGUUAUCCUACUAUGGAAUAAUAAAAAAAAUAAAAAGUCUUUGGUUAAUUUGUCAAAAGAUGCUAGACGUGGAAAUAAGAAUGAUUGGUAUCUACUAGAGUACUAUAGACAUCAAUUGAAUUUAUUUUCAAAUAUGUGUCUUAAUCGCCAAUAUUUAGCGUUAAAUAAUCUAUCAUUACACUUGGAUAUUGAACUAAUUUUAAAGUGUAUGGCUGAUGAAGAUGUUCGGUAUGACUUAAGGGCAUCAUUUUGUCGUCUAAUGCUUCAUUUGCAUGUUGAUAGAGAUCCACAAGAGCCUGUAACUCCUGUAAAAUAUGCAAGGUUAUGGUCAGAAAUACCUUUAAAAAUCAGCAUUAAUGAUUAUGAUAGUAAUCGUACACCAGAUCCCAACAAAGAAGCUGUCCGCUCAAAAUUUAGUUCUACCAUAUCAUUUGUGGAAGACUACUUAUUUAAUGUAGUUGCUAAAGCGUGGAGUUUUCAAGAUACUCAACAAAAUAAGCUUACUUUUGAAGUAGUAAAAUUGGCUCGAGAUCUUAUAUAUUUUGGAUUCUACAGUUUUAGUGAUUUACUACGCUUAACUAAAACUCUUUUGAGUAUUCUUGAUUGUAUUUCUGAAAAUGAUUUUAAUUCUGAUCAAAGCUCAACUGGUGAAAUGCAUGCUGAAGGCAAUGUCUUAAGAUCAAUAGGUGAUAUGGGUGCUGUAGUAACAGGACUUACACUUGGUGGUAAUGGUGUUCAUCAUUCACCUUCUAAACCAAAAUCCAAUAGCAAAUUAUGUUUAUUAAAAAAAGAAGCUUAUCCCCUUGUAAUGGAUACAAAAUUAAAAAUUAUUGAAAUAUUACAGUUCAUUUUGGAUGUCAGAUUGGAUUAUCGUAUUAGUUGUUUGCUAUCUAUAUUUAAAAGAGAAUUUAAUGAAAUUGAAAAAUCAACAUCAUAUGAUACUGUUUUAAUUGAUCACAAGUCUGUUGAUUUAGAGUACAUUGGGAUGCAAGCUGAAGGAAUAUUUGGAGAGAGUGAAGAGUGUGCUGCUUUAGAUUUAGAUAACAAUGGAGGAAGAAUGUUUCUUAGAGUUUUGCUUCAUUUAACAAUGCAUGAUUAUCCUUCCCUUGUAUCUGGAGCUUUACACUUACUGUUCAGACAUUUUAGUCAAAGACAAGAAGUUUUACAGGCCUUUAAACAAGUACAACUCUUAGUAUCAGAUUCUGAUGUAGAAACAUACAAACAAAUAAAAUCAGAUUUGGAUAUAUUAAGGCAGUCUGUUGAAAAAUCUGAAUUGUGGGUUUACAAAUCAAAAAAUGAAGAACAUAAUAAGAAAAUGGCACAAGGAGAUGAAGAAGAAGAUACUACUGGACGAGAUAGCCGUAGUUCAUCUUCUAAAGUUAUUGCUUCUAUUGGUACAAUUGGCAAACAAGGAUCAGCUAUUGAUUUAGAUAUAGGGCCACCAAUUCAUCCAGACCAAGCAGAAGAAUAUAAAAAAAUUCAAUUGAUUCUUAUACGGAUGAAUAAAUUUUGUGUUACCCGAACACUUGGAUCUCAACCUAAACCUCGUAAACACGAGCAAAGAUUAUUAAGGAAUGUAGGUGUACAUACAAUUGUAUUAGAUUUGCUACAAGUACCUUAUGACCAAAAAGAAGAUAUCAGAAUGAAUGAAUUAAUGCGACUUGCUCAUCAAUUUUUACAAAACUUCUGUCUUGGAAACCAGCAAAAUCAAGUCUUAUUACACAAGCACCUAGACUUAUUUUUAAACCCAGAGAUUCGAGAAGCAGAAACUGUUUGUAGCAUUUUCAAAGAUAAUUCAACAUUAUGUAAUGAAGUUAGUGAUAAAGUUAUUCAACAUUUCAUUCAUUGUAUUGAAACUCAUGGAAAACAUGUGCAGUAUUUAAAGUUUUUUCAAACUAUUGUUAAAGCUGAAAAUCAAUUUAUCAGAAAAUCACAAGAUAUGGUCAUGCAAGAAUUAGUUGCUGCUGGAGAAGAGGUUCUUGUUUUUUAUAAUGAUAAAGCAUCAUUUGCUCAAUUUGUAUCAAUGAUGAAAUCUGAAAAGCAUAGAUUAGAAGAAAGUAGUGCCCUUAAGUACCAUAUAGAGUUAGUAAAACUGCUAUCAUGUUGUACUAUGGGUAAAAAUGUUUUUACCGAAAUCAAAUGUCAUAGUCUAUUACCAUUAGAUGAUAUUGUUACAGUGUUAUCUCAUCCUGAUUGUAUUCCUGAGGUUAAAGAAGCCUACAUAAGCUUUUUAAACCACUGUUAUAUUGACACUGAAGUAGAAAUGAAAGAGAUUUAUGCAUCAAACCAUAUGUGGAGUUUAUUUGAGAAAAGUUUUUUAGUGGAUAUGAAUGCAGUAAUAAAAAGUAGUAGUGAUCGCUUAAAUGUUGACCUAGCCAUGGAAUCGUAUGUGGUCAAUGGAGUUAUGACUGUUAUUAGCACAUUUUUCAACAGUCCAUUUUCAGAUCAAAGCACUACUGUUCAAGCUCGACAACCUAUAUUUAUACAAUUACUUCAAGCAGCAUUUCGUAUUUCUCAAUGUUCUUGGCUUUCUACUGCACAAAGGUUUAAUGUUGAAAAUACUAUACGUACAUUAGCUGAAGUUGCAAAAAGUAGAUCUAUUGCUAUUCCAUCACAAAUGGAAUCCCAAAUAAUUGCCAUGUUCAAUAAGUCUACUAACCUUUUAUCUAGACAAACAACAAAGUGGCUCCAAGCUGCCAAAACACCAAAAAUAGAAAGAUCUCAAUCCCAAUUAAUUAGACUGGAUAAGAGUAUAAUUGAAGGACUUCAGGAUAUUGUUUUAUUGUUAGAAGAUCAAUUGAAACCUUUAGUUCAAGCUGAACUUUCAUUAUUAGUAGAUAUAUUAUAUCGGCCAGAAUUAUUGUUCCCUGUAGGUACAGAAGCAAGGAUCCGAUGUGAAAGUGGUGGAUUUAUUCAUAGACUUAUCAAGCAUUCAGAACAAUUACUAGAAGAAAAAGAGGAUAAAUUGUGUGUCAAAGUUCUAAACACUCUACAAGAAAUGAUGACUAUUGAUCUUGAAUAUGGCGAAAAAGGAGAUAUUUUGAGGUUAAGUCUUUUAAAGAGAUAUUUUGGAAAUUCUCUUGAUCAAAAACAACAAAUUGCAGAAUCUAUAAUACAACCGAGUAUUAAGCAUGUAGUAACAAUUGGUCCUGGAGCUAAAUUUUUGGGACGUGCUGGAUUAACUCUUCAUGAAGUACAAAGUCAUUUAGAUCAUGAUGGAGCCUCUGAUUUGGUUGUUGAGCUAAUUAUAAAAUCAAUUAAUUCACCUCCUUCAAUUUUUGUUGAAGCUGUACAAUUAGGUAUUGCUUUAUUAGAAGGAGGGAAUCCAAUCAUACAGCGAAGCAUGUACAAUAAACUAUUAGGCGGUGAUUUCUGUCAACUAUUUUUUAAAGUAUUUUUUAAUAAAAUGAAAGAUGCUCAACAAGAAAUAAAAUCCACUGUCAGUGUUAAUACUUCAGAUAUGGCUGUUAAAGAUAAUAUUGAUAAAGAUGACCAAGGAAAAGAUUUUGAAAGAGGUUUAAAAAAAAAAGUAAAAACAAAUGGGAUGAUGUUAACUGAUGAAAUGAGAGAGGAAUUAAAUCAAGCAGCUUUAGCUACUAGCCAAGCAUAUGCAGGUGCCAGAAAUUUGUCGCCUGUCGGCGAAGAAGAAAUAAAUCAUACGACAACUCAUAAUUCUAUGUUAGAUGAUACUUUGAUUGAAAAACUUGAGAAACAAAGAGAAAAAGAAAACCAAAAUAAAUUAUCUCCUAAAAUUCUUGUAAUGCAACCAAUUAUGAGAUUUUUACAACUCCUAUGUGAAAAUCAUAAUAGAUAUUUACAAAACCUACUUCGUAACCAAAAUAACAAAUCUAAUUACAAUCUUGUUUCUGAAACAUUAAUGUUUUUAGAUUGUAUUUGUGGUUCUACAACUGGUGGACUUGGGUUACUUGGUUUAUAUAUUAAUGAGUAUAAUGUUGCUCUGAUAAAUCAAACUCUAGAAACUCUAACUGAAUACUGUCAAGGACCCUGUCAUGAUAAUCAAAAUUGUAUCGCUACUCAUGAAUCUAAUGGAUUAGAUAUAAUAACUGCUUUAAUUCUUAAUGAUAUAAAUCCACUAGGAAAAACUAGAAUGGAUCUAGUUUUAGAACUAAAAAAUAAUGCUUCCAAGUUAUUAUUAGCUAUAAUGGAAAGCAGAGGAGAUAGUGAAAAUGCUGAAAGAAUUCUAUAUAAUAUGAAUCCAAAACAACUAGUUGAUGUUGUAUGUCAUGCCUUUUACCAAGAGACUUUAGAAGAUGAUGAUGUUGAUGAUUCAUCAACUGAAAGUGAAGAUGGUGUUUCCCCAAAAGAGGUAGGACACAACAUUUAUAUUUUAUGCCAUCAACUAGCACAACAUAACAAAGAACUUGCAUCUUUACUAAAACCAUCCGAAGGAAAUAUAGAUCCUAAAGUUAAUGAAGCAUUAAUUUACUAUGCUUCACAUACAGCACAGAUUGAAGUUGUUAGACAUGACCGUACAUUGGAACAAAUUGUUUUUCCUAUUCCUGAAAUUUGUGAAUAUUUAACACAUGACACAAAAGUAAAAGUUUUUCAUACUGCUGAAAGGGAUGAUCAAGGAUCAAAAGUAUCAGAUUUCUUUGAAAAAACUGAAGAUAUGUUUGGUGAAAUGAUUUGGCAAAAAAAACUAAGAGGACGACCCUCAUUAUUUUGGGUUAGUAGUUUUAUGUCACUGUGGAGCAACAUAUUGUUCAACUGUGCUGUUAUUAUAAAUUUGAUAGUUGCGUGUUUUUACCCAUUUGAAGAUGAAGUGCCAAGUAUUGGGUCACAUGUAUCUAUUUUAAUAUGGGUAGUAUUUCUAACUUCAGCAUUUGUAGUGUUUGCUCUUCCUGGGUAUUCAGGCCUUCGUACUUUAGUGAUUUCAACCAUACUAAGAUUAAUUUUUUCUAUUGGUCCUGAACCAACACUUUGGUUGUUAGGAACUGUCACAGUGAUUAUGAAAAGUAUCCAUAUAAUAAGUAUAAUGGGAAAUCAAGGAACAUUUACAAAAAAAAUUGAUCAAAUUUUAACUGAUGCUGAAAUAUUAUAUCACUUGAUGUACAUAAUAUUUUGUAUUCUUGGAUUGUGUAUGCAUCCAUUCUUUUACAGUGUUUUGCUACUUGAUGUUGUGUAUCGAGAAGAAACCUUAUUAAAUGUUAUUCGUUCAGUGACAAGAAAUGGACGUUCAAUAAUAUUAACUGCAGUUUUAGCUAUGAUUUUAGUUUACAUGUUUUCUAUAAUUGGCUAUAUGUUCUUUAGAGACGAUUUUCUUGUAAAUGUAGAUGAUGAAAUUAAAACAGAGUCUAUGUCAAACAUAGUAGAAAAUGCUGAUGAAACAUGUUCUAUUGGCAAUAAUUGUAGUGACAUAGAACCUAAAGGAGAUUCUAAAAUGGUGAUUUUAGAUGGAGAGGUAAAAGAAAGAGCUUGUGAUUCUCUAGUGAUGUGUAUAGUUACCACCCUUAAUCAGGGGCUAAGAAAUGGUGGGGGAAUAGGUGAUAUACUUCGUGCACCAAGUAGUCAGGAACCUUUAUUUGUUGCUAGAGUCAUAUAUGACUUGCUUUUCUUCUUCAUUGUGAUAAUUAUUGUACUUAAUUUAAUAUUUGGUGUUAUAAUUGACACAUUUGCAGAUCUUAGAAGUGAAAAACAAGAAAAAGAACUUAUUUUAAAAAAUACUUGUUUCAUAUGUGGACUUAAUAGAUCAGCAUUUGAUAAUAAAACUGUUAGUUUUGAAGAACACAUUAAGUGUGAACACAAUAUGUGGCAUUAUUUGUAUUUUAUAGUUCUUGUGAAAGUUAAAGAUCCAACUGAAUUUACUGGUCCAGAGAGUUAUGUAUAUGCUAUGGUUAAAGACCACAAUUUAGAUUGGUUUCCUAGAUUAAGAGCAAUGUCUUUGGCAGCUGUAGAAAGUGAAGGGGAGCAAGUUGAGUUAAGAAGUCUUCAAGUUCAACUAGAAAAUACCCAAACAAUAGUGGCAUUUUUAUCUCAACAACUAUCUGAACUUAAAGAACAGAUGACUGAACAACGAAAACAACGACAAAGAAUAGGUUUAUUAAACUCUACAUCACCUUAUGUACACAACAUGGCUUUAUAAAGUAUUUAUUUACCUCACUUUUUGUUUAAUUAUCUUUUGUAGAUUAAUUAAAAAAAUAUAUGAACUAUUUUUUAUUAGAGUCCAAUAUAGCAAUUGUAAAAUAUAACAAUUGCUAGUAUUACAUUUUUUAUUUUAUUAAAUUUUAUUUUGAAUUAUUU